ACUGUGCCUUCACCAAAUCGCCCCACGUCACAAGAGAGAAAGGGAUUAUGGAGUUUCCAAUAAAUGAUGUGGCCGUGGGUGAGGACCUAAUUGGAGCUUUUCUAAGGAGACAAGGAGUUGAUGCACAUACACUCAUCCCUCAUCAUGAUGUUGUUGAUUAUAAGUUCCACCAUCACAAACUCACAUUAGUCUCCUCCUCAGCAUCAUCAUCACUUCAAGAAGAAGAAGAUGAAGAAAAUAGUGAUGAUGAUGAUGAGGAAGACUACUCUUGUAGAAAGUCGGAGUUAAUAUGUGAUGCGUGCAUUACUCCGAUAUUUCUAAAACAAACAUCAUCUACUUCUUCUUCUUCAUCUUCUUGUUCAGGUAGUAGUAGUAGUAAAGAUUACUACUACAUGAGAUGCAGCAUGAGAUCAUGCAAAUACUAUCUUCACUUGGCGUGCUUCCACUUGCCACAUCAGAUCUCUUCUCUUCCUCUCCUCCACCAACAUGAGAAUGAGAAUGAGAAUGAGAAUGAGAAUGAUCACAGCCUUGUCCUUCAAUCCGGUGACAAACAUAAACCAUGGAAGUCGACAUAUUGCGGAGUCUGCUGUACACAUACGAAUGGUCUGUAUUAUGCCUGUACGAAAUGUGAUGAUGGCUUCAAAGUAGAUAUAAAGUGCGCUUCAAUGCCGGAAACCAUAUAUCAUGCAGCUCACCAUCCACACACCCUCAACCUUCUAUCAAAAGAAGAUACUGAGAUGAGAGCUUCCGAUACAUCAUGUGAUGGCUGUAACGAUUAUUUCUGGUUUUCUAAUAAUAGCUAUGCAUGCGGCAGCUGUGAUUACAUCGUGCACUUUGAAUGCGCAGUGCUGCCGGCAUCAAACACCAGCGGUAGAUGGGACAAACACCACCUGCUUUUGAUGCACGAUGCCACUCUAAACCGUCCCGGUGAUUUCUACUGCAAUCAAUGCGAGAAACAAAUGAAUCCCAAGCGUUGGAUGUAUCACUGCCGCAGCUGCGAUAUAUCCUUCCAUCCGAGAUGCCUUGUCACUACAUCCGGCGGGUUUAGAAACAUCAAGUUUGGUCAAAAAUAUGUGAUAGCCGGAGCUCACCGCCACACUCUCACCUUCCAAAUUCUCACUACAAAACGCCAUUGCGACGUUUGUCGUGAGUAUAGGCAUGGAUGGCAAGGAUUUUACUGUGCACCGUGCAUGUUCUUCCUUUGUUACUACUGCAAAAAAAUGAUCGAAGAUGGCAACAUUGAGGCUGUGGAUUGAAAAACAAAACUCAAUGUUUACCAUUUUAUUCUUCUACAUUU